AGAGGAAGAAGAAAAGCGAGGCUUAGCCUCUCACUGUGCCUCUUCUAUCACCAAUCACCGUUGCUUUGCUUCUUGCCUUUGCACUCCUCCGUCUGCAACCUAACAUACCAAAGCAUAUCCCUUUUCCUCUUCUCCGGAAGGAGGCCUCUGCGAUAUCUGAAAGUUUGGUUCAACGAUCGAGAUGAACAACGUCAGGGAAUCCUACGGCGUGAUUGAGAUGCAGUACAUACGGAGGCACCACAGGCAUGAGCCCGGGGAGAACCAGUGCACUUCAGCUUUAGUUAAACACAUAAGGGCUCCCGUUCACCUUGUUUGGUCGCUGGUUAGAAGAUUUGAUCAACCGCAGAAGUAUAAACCUUUUGUUAGUAGAUGUAUCGUGCAAGGGGAUCUUGAUAUUGGGAGUGUUAGAGAAGUAAAUGUUAAAUCUGGCCUUCCUGCUACAACCAGCACCGAGAUGCUGGAGCAACUUGAUGAUGAGGAACACAUUCUUGGCAUUAGGAUUGUUGGUGGUGACCAUAGGCUGAGGAACUACUCCUCCAUAAUCACUGUCCAUCCGGAGGUCAUUGAUGGGAGACCUGGAACGAUGGUGAUUGAAUCAUUUAUGGUGGAUGUGCCUGAUGGGAACACCAGAGAUGAAACUUGCUACUUUGUGGAGGCCUUGAUCAGGUGCAAUUUAAGCUCCUUGGCUGAUGUCUCAGAGAGGAUGGCAGUUCAGGUGGGAUCAGCCCCAUGAUCAACCACCAGUUAUGGUUUAUAUGAGAAUGAUGCUGGGAUUUAUACAACUACACUUGUCAUCACAUUCUUAUCUCGAGGUCAGAUGUGGAGACCGGUUGGACUAUUCUUCCUUCCAUGUUAUCUGGAAGUUUUGAAUAGGUUUGUUGCGCAUUAUUCUUCCAUAACAUGGAUACCCCUUCCCUCUCCUCUCUUCCUUCUGCUUCCAUUUCUGUGUAUUUCACGUUAGAAUAGCCAAGUUUCCCCUCUUCCGUAAUCAAAAGAUAAGAUUUUCAGCUUCAUGAGCACUCAGUGAUGGAACUGCUGAAGUUCUUUUCUUUUCUUUUCUUCUCUCUCUCUCUCUCUCUACAUAGUGUUCCUGUUAUUUCGUGCAUGGUGUUUUGCUACUAAUGUUGUGUACAUAUAUAUUAUGGACUAGCAUUUCUA